AUGAAACCUGAAAUAGAGCGAAUCCUUUGUAGAUUGAAGUUGGUUUUAAAUCAAACAAAACACCUUGGUUUACAAAAUGUUGACCAUAAAAUAACUUUACAUAGACCACAUGCCCUUUUGUUAGAUGAUUCACAAGUUUAUGGAAGAGAUGGUGAUAAGGAGGCUAUUCUUAAGCUAUUGUUGUGUGAUGAUGAUGUUGACCCUAAGAUCUUUGUUAUUCCUAUACUAGGGAUGGGUGGAAUUGGCAAAACUACUCUUGCUCAUAAUGUAUAUUAUGAUACCAGUGUCCAAGAACACUUUUCCUUGAAAGCACGAGUAACUGUUUCUGACAAUUUUGAUGUUCUUAAAAUAACAAAAAUUAUUUUAGAGAAGAUCACUGAAAAAAGAUAUAAAACGAAUGAGCUCCAUCAACUUCAAAAAGACUUGAAUGAUGUUUUGGCUGGGAAGAAAUUUGUUUUUGUUCACGAUGAUGUGUGGAAUGAAAAUUACGAGUUGUGGGAUCUUUUGAAAAGCUCUUUUCAAUCUUGCGCACGAGGAAGUAAGAUUAUUCACCACACGUAA